CACUGCUCUUCUCCAUACACAGCACUACUACUCCACACUUUCCCUCUUCUCUCUUCUCUGCUCUGCUCUGCUCCUCCACUCGGCAGAUUCGAUUUUCACUCUUCUUUUUUUUUUUAACCCAGGGAGAUCUGCAGCCAAACACACCCUCUUCUGUGUUCCUAUUCUUCUUCCUUUCUUUUUCUUCCUGAUUUCUUAGAUCUUCCCGCCGUUUCGCUGUUUCUCGCUUUUUCUUUUUGGUUUCCUGCACAUGGAUUCCUUCGAUUUUGAUAUCGUGAAGGCGGAGAAGGCCGACGCUAUGCUAAGGUACCGUGUUUUUGGUAACCUCGCCAAAGUUUUCCGAGUCGGAGAAGUGUGCGUCGUUUUGCUCUUCCUCUUCUGGAUUUCGCCCCGCGUGCCUUCCGCCGUGAAGAUCUCCGGAGAGUACCUUCGGCAGCUCUCCGCAGUCGCCGUCAGUCCGUCCUUCAUUUUUCUGCUCGGCAACGCGAUCAUCGUUGUUCUCCUCGCCAAAUCCGGGCAGUUUUCCGCCCAAAAUUCGGCUGGCAUUAGUGCCGGAACUGUUAUCUGCGAAGAGUUUCUGAGCAGCGCCAACGGCGGCAAAAUCGGAUCCGAAAGCCCUCCGCUGUCGCACGAGCCCGAGGAAAUCAUGUACGAAGAUAAACAGAUAAUAAGUCAGAGGAACGAGGAUUCAUCCGGCACCGGUAGCAUUUUCGCUGUGAAAAAGGUAUAUCAGAGGACCCAGUCGGAGAAAUUGAAGUCAUGUUCGGAAAAUCAAAGUGGCGUGCUCCGCCGGUCGGAGACAGAGAUAUACCUGAAAACGGUAGGGCAGACGGAUCAUCUAAGCAACGAAGAGUUCCGGCGCACGGUGGAGGCAUUCAUCGCGAAACAGCUAAAAUUUCACAGGCAAGAAUCGGUGUCGAUUGUUCCGCUCAACCAUAGCUGAUUGGGAAAUAAAAAAUUUUAAAAAUAGCGCUAAGACUGAAAUUUCAAAUAGAAUCACAGAUGCUUAGUGUGUACAGCAGUACAGGGCUAUGUCCAGGGGAGGAAAUUUACAGAACUAGGGUAAGAGCAUGCUCAAACUGGUUAGAUUACGGAAAUCUCUAUGAGCGGAAGAUCAUGAAUGUGUAGCAGCCGAUUAGGAAAUUUUAAAUAGAAUGUAUUAUUUAUUUCCUGGAGGGAUGCUACAGUCACCUAGAAGCCUGCAAAAAUUCCCUCUAUACUUCCAAUUAUGAAUUAUAUUAAUUUUCUUCUUA